AUCUUCAUACGUGCGACACCUUGGAAGCGUGAAGUUGUGAGGUGUGAAAAGCCAGUUCCUGCCCUUGGUUGCGCCCUAUUGCCUCCGUGACAGCACACACACACACACGCACCACACACCCCCCACAGACACACACACACACACACACUGAGGAGUUUCUCAGAUGCUGCCGCUAACUCCUUAACAGAAACCUGCUCAAAGGCGUGUUGAUGGAGUCUAUUUAUUACGGUAAAAUCAGUAAGGAGGUGACGGAGAGGCUACUCCAGAGGUUUGGGAAGGAUGGCAGCUACCUCCUGAGGGACAGCGAGAGUUUGACAGGAGUCCUGUGCCUGUGUGUCAGGAAAGCGCCCUUCGUCCACACCUAUCGCAUUGAGCAAUCUCCACAUGGCUGGGCGGUUGAGACAGUGAGUGGGGAGCCUCAGUAUUUCGAGAGCGUGGGUAGACUGGUGGAGAGCUACAGGGCCAAGACCCCACGCAACCUGGAGCCGCUUCUCUAUCCUCUCGAAAAAGACAAACUCAGCAUGGAGACUGUGCAAUGCACAGGUACAGACUAUUGGCAAAUGUGACAACAGCAUGACUACAUGAUGCCUGUGUGUGUGUGUCUCUCCCUCUCUGUGUGUGUGUGUGUGUUUGUGUGUGUGCGAGAGAGAGAGGAACAGUUUGAUUUCAUUGAUUUAAUUCAUUAAACUGUUUUGUAGUAAACUGUAGAAUAAUAAUCCUCUAUUAAAAGAUAGAUAUGUAACUGAAUCACUAUACUGGCACUGAUGUGUGAUAUGUGAAACAUUAUUAUUUCUCUGUGUUUUGAAACAUCUUUUGUUUGUGAAAGAAAUUAAAAAGCUUAACUCAUAAUGAUAA